CCGUGUCGGUUCCAGCUGAGCGCGAGAGGCAGAGGACGAUCGGACGUGGACGUCGCGCGGCCCGAACGCAGAUCCCAGCCCGUGCGCCCGUGACUGCAUUCACCGGAUGAGGAAAAAAAACAAAACAGUAGAGACAGAAAGAGUGCCCUCCUCCUCCUCCUCCUCUUCCUCCUCCCCCCGCUGACGGACAGCAGAGCGCCACAGCAGAGAAGACAAGCAGCAACACAACUUGUCAUCUGACCAACACACAGCUAUUCCUUUGACCACUGCUGCUUCUUGUUUGUUUUUCUACAUGCACUCGUUUCCUACGAGGUUAUUCUUACUGUAACGGCGGAAGGAUUUUUGUUGUUUGGUUUUUGUUUUGGGAAAUUUGUUUUUUGAGUCCAGGACGAGAAAUUCGGGAUACCGCUUCGCAGUUGUGAGUUGUGACAUUUUGUUUUGCCUCUGCUGUGCGGUUUUAUUGCUCUUUUAUAGACGGUAUCAGCCUGACUGUCCCUCUCACGGCAACGUCUUGAUCUACUCUACAGUUUAAAAACAUCCAAUAACAAUGGAGUACUUUGAAGAGAUUUUUUAUACUAGGAAAUAAGGAUCUCUAUCGCAACAACUGCAAGCCCGCCAGUAUAUUUGUCCUAUUGGAAGGUUCUCUGGUCAGAUUGCCUCAGUACUUCAGGUGCAACCCCCCACCCCUUCCCUCCAGUCCAGGAUGUCCAGGCAACUCACCCAGCUUCCGACCCCUGACCUGCCAGCUGGUGCAAGCCCACAGUUUGGGAGUUGUACUCAGCCUGCGGGCUCCCUCACUGGGGGCCACGUCAACUCUAUGGCCGGUUUAAAGUCCCUCCUGCAGCAACCCAUGAAGGGAGACCACCGGCUGAAGAAUCCUUGUGACUCAAAAGACAAAGACAGGCUGGACCUAGACGAGGAUUCUUUGGGAGUGUGCUCCAUGAGGAAUGGCAAUGGGAUAGUCAGCAACAACAGCAGUAAUGGCUGUGGAGGUGGCAGUGCUGGAGGAAAUGGCGGAUUCAACCAGUUCCUGGGACCUCUCAUGUGGGAUCGCACCCUGCCUGCAGACGGCGGGCUCUUUCAGCUCCAGUACAUGGACUUGGAGGAGUUUCUGACCGAGAACGGAAUGGGCAGCAUGCACAACAACAACAGCUCCAGCUCGGCCCAGAUCCCCUCACAGAGUUCCCAGUCGGCCGUGCCCAACCAGAGCUCCCAGUGCCUACCGCCCUCAUCGCCGCCUGGGUCUUUGUCCUCGUCGCCCUCUUCCUCGUCUUCGCCGUCUCUCAUUGGCCUGGAAGUGGCCCAGCCACAGAGUCAAGGAGGAGGAAGCGACUGUCUACAUGGUGGUCAGUCGAGUAUGAACGACUCCUGCGAAUCGCCUUCGUCCUCCUCUUCCUCCUCCUGUCCUCCUUUGCUGACGCCCACGGGAAGCGGACCGGAUGCGAUUGGAAUGUUUGAGAUGGAUCCGUCAGACAUGACCAUGUCCAGCACCUCUGGAGACCAAGACUUUGACCCCAGAAGGCAUUCCUUCAGCGAGGAAGAGCUGAAACCACAGCCAAUGAUCAAAAAGGCACGCAAGAUCCUAGUGCCUGAUAACAUGAAGGACGAGAAGUACUGGACCAGGAGGUACAAAAACAACGAGGCUGCGAAGCGUUCUCGGGACGCUCGCCGCCUGAAGGAGAACCAGAUUUCGGUGCGAGCCGCCUACCUGGAGCGGGAGAACGCCGCCCUCCGACAGGAAGUGGCCGAGAUGCGGAAAGAACUGGGCCGCUGCCGCAACAUCCUUAGUAAAUACGAGAACCGUCUGGGUGACCAGUGAUGGAGGAAAAAUCAAGAAGAGGAGACAAAGUAAACUUAAGACUCCAAAUUACCGGGAUGGUUUGACGGACUUAAUGAGUUGGAAAUCAUAAAAAGGACACUGACUAUUAAAAUGAUGAAUGUAUAAGUCAAGGAAAAGGGUUGUGUACUGAAGCUCAGGUGUCUUGUUUUGUUGAGCUAUUAAAAGUGAUUGAUGGAGCGAGAGAGUAAUUUAACUGAUUAAAAAAGAUGUGACUUUUAAGGGUUUUGUUAUUGGAGAAUUGUAUAUUUUUAUAAUACUUAAGAAAAAUUUAGAGGGAGAGCAAAUGCAGAGAAUAAUUUUGUAUAUUUUCUACAUGUUUUGGACACAGAGAUGCAGAGAAGCCAUGGUGAACAUCAUUUUCUUUUAGAUGAGUCUGGAGUUGUCAGCCAUUGAUGCUUUAGUCACGAUGCAGCAGCAUGGUUGAGGACGUAUGUAAUAAUUUGUAAUAUAGAGAGCAAAAAUUAUCUUAAAAAUCGUAUUGUUGAGCAUUUUGUGGAUUAUUUCUCGAGCACUUCCUUUUUUUCCCUGUCACGUAAAGGUCACUGGGCAUGCUCAGUAGAGGCAGAAUGACAGACACAAGGUGUAUUCAACACUUGUCUUGACCAGGUCUUGUGUUUUUUGUUUUUUUUUCCUUUUCAUCUUUUUAAUAGACAAUUUUACCCUGUCGACUGGUGCAUAUUUCUGAAAUCCGUUUAUAUUUGGAUCUGUUUUUUUAUUUUUAUUUCUCUCAGCGCAGUGCUUUGUGAUGUUAUGGAGCCCUGGAUAGUCCUGCUCCUCUGCAUCCUCUUUGAAUCCAUAUAUCCAUGCUUCUAUUUCUGCUUGCUCCCACAGUUAAACGCUUCCCAUUCAGUGUUGUAACAUACUCUGAAACCAGCCCCCCACCAGUUAGGCACACACCGAUACUUCACUGUAUUAACUAAUCACACUUUAGAAGGAGAAAUAUUUUGAAUACGUAUUUGGUGUAUUUCAGGAGACGGGUCGUGUCCCCCCCCAGCCCCCCAUUGAGUAGAAUAGUGUAACAUUUUCCCAGAUUUCUGGGACAAAUCAAAGCCAAGAUUCCCCGUGUGGAUCCACAGAGCUUGUUGCUAUUUAGUGCUUUUUUCCCCAUAGCCACCUGUCUGCUUUCUACUGUAUUUAACAACACCUACACAAGGGCAUGGUACAGUGUUAUUAUGUUCCUGGGGGAGGGAUGACUAGCGAAAGUGUGAUUUUAAUCCCUUUAAUGACCAUGAUGGUAGUUACCAUUACAGCUAUUGUUAUUGUUAUAAUUAUGAUGAUUACCCUCUUAUUGUUAUUAUUCUAUAUUACUGAAUGUUUUUCUUUCUUUGGAGAGACAUGAUCUGUUGCAUCUAGAAACAUCUUUUUGAGUGUUCCUCAGAAAUGCUCACCCUCGGACGUUCACUUCUGCUCUGGACUCCACCGCCACCACCUCCUCCUCCACCCCAGUGGGUUUCACAAACUCGACUCAUGGGCCUGAACUUGACGUUCAUGCAGACUUAUUUUACCUUCGUCUUCUGUUUUCGAGCUGUGUAAGGACUAUGCACACGACUGCAAUGCUCCUCGGCGGUUCCUUACAGCCUGCAUCAUCUCACUCAGUGAUUGUUUGCUCUACCCAACAAGAUCCGGUUUCCAAUAUCCUCACAGAUGUGGUUGGUGAACCUUGUAGUGACUGCUGCAUAAGUAGUGUUCAUGGCGCCCAACCCCUUCUCCCUCUCCCCAGCCAGUUUGAGCUGGCUGGUUUUGGAUGUAGUCGCAACUUCCCAAACAAAACAAAACAAAAAAAAAAAAAAAAAAAAAAAA